UUUUGGGGGGAGGAGAAACACUCGUAGGGGUGGCUGCGGCUCAAUGGGAUGUUGACUGGCUUCUUCUCUUGCCAGCGCUGUGGAGCCGGGUCAGAAGCCUCCACCGGGGCCGCUCCUCCGGCUGCCUCUCCGGAAUGAGGCCUCAGUUCCCGCGCAGGACGGCUCCCUUUUUCUUCCGAGAGAGCCCAAGGAGAGGCCGAAGCCGAGACGAUGCCUGGGAAGCUGAAGGUGAAAAUCGUGGCCGGGCGCCAUUUGCCGGUGAUGGACCGAGCUAGUGACCUGACUGAUGCCUUCGUGGAGGUAAAAUUUGGUAAUACCACCUUUAAAACAGAUGUGUAUCUCAAGUCCCUCAACCCUCAGUGGAACUCAGAAUGGUUUAAAUUUGAGGUGGAUGAUGAAGAUUUACAAGAUGAACCUCUCCAGAUCACAGUUCUUGACCAUGAUACAUAUAGUGCAAAUGAUGCCAUUGGUAAAGUGUACAUUGACAUUGAUCCUUUACUCUACAGUGAGGCUGCAACGGUCAUCUCAGGAUGGUUUCCAAUUUAUGAUACCAUUCAUGGUAUCCGUGGGGAAAUCAAUGUAGUUGUCAAAGUAGACCUCUUCAAUGAUUUAAAUCGAUUUAGGCAGUCGUCAUGUGGAGUCAAAUUCUUUUGCACGACAUCUAUUCCAAAGUGCUAUAGAGCUGUAAUAAUUCACGGAUUUGUAGAAGAACUUGUGGUCAACGAAGACCCAGAAUAUCAAUGGAUUGAUCGAAUUCGCACACCAAGGGCAUCAAAUGAGGCCAGACAGAGACUCAUUUCUUUAAUGUCAGGUGAACUGCAGAGGAAGAUUGGCUUGAAAGUACUUGAAAUGAGAGGAAAUGCAGUUGUUGGGUACUUACAGUGUUUUGAUCUGGAAGGCGAAUCUGGGUUAGUGGUACGAGCCAUAGGAACAGCGUGUACACUGGAUAAAUUAAGUAGCCCAGCAGCAUUCCUUCCUGCAUGUAAUUCCCCGUCCAAAGAAAUGAAGGAGAUUCCCUUCAAUGAAGAUCCCAAUCCCAACACUCACUCAUCAGGACCCUCAACCCCUCUGAAAAACCAAACUUAUUCCUUUUCACCUUCCAAGUCCUACAGUCGACAGUCCUCUUCUUCUGACACAGAUUUGAGUUUGACACCCAAAACUGCACCUUACCCACAGGGGGCUAGGAUUUACCUGUGUCCCAGCUCCCCCUCUCUCUCUUGUGGUUCCCUUCAUCUUAAAAAGUCCUGUCUUCUCCUCUCGGAAUCUAGCCUUCCCCCUCAUCCUUCUAGCCUUGUCAGCCCAGUUCUGAGGAAAAGUGUUUCUUUCAGUGAAGAGCUGUUCCUGGCUGCUUCUGGAAUGGGAAGUGGUAGUGCUGGAAAAGAAGGGGGGCCCUUUAAAGCUCUUUUAAGACAACAGACUCAGUCAGCUUUGGAACAGAGGGGAGGAUCACCUCAUAGGUUCUGUAGAAGGCGGGAAUUUCCAUUUUUUACCUUGACGGCGUUUCCUCCUGGAUUCCUCGUGCAUGUCGGGGGAGUUGUUAGUGCACGCUCUGUGAAGCUUUUGGAUCGUAUCCACAAUCCUGCCUUUGUCGGAAUUAUGGGUAACACAAGAUCUUACAAACUGCUAGACUGGAAUAGUUUCAAUUCAGAUGAACCAGAAACUCGAGAUGCGUGGUGGGCAGAAAUCAGACAAGAAAUAAAAUCACAUGCCAAAGCAUUAGGCUGUCAUGCUGUAGUGGGCUACAGUGAAUCAACUAGCAUUUGUGAAGAGGUCUGUAUUUUAUCUGCAUCCGGCACAGCAGCUGUACUGAACCCUAGAUUUCUGCAGGAUGGCACCGUGGAGGGCUGUUUGGAACAGAGGCUAGAAGAAAAUUUGCCUGCAGGCUGUGGAUUUUGCCAUAUACCAUAUGAUGAACUGAAUAUGCCAUUUCCAGCUCAUCUCACAUAUUGCUAUAACUGCAGGAAACAAAAAGUUCCCGAUGUUCUCUUUACAACUAUAGACCUCCCAAUGGAUGCAGCAGUUAUUGGAAAAGGUUGUCUCAUUCAAGCAAGGUUGUGUCGCUUAAAAAAGAAGGCACAAGCAGAAGCAAAUGCCACAGCUAUCAGUAAUCUGUUGCCAUUUAUGGAAUAUGAAGUGCAUACUCAGCUAAUGAAUAAACUAAAACUCAAAGGAAUGAACGCUUUAUUUGGACUGAGAAUUCAGAUCUCAGUGGGUGAAAAUAUGUUGAUGGGCUUAGCGUCAGCCACAGGUGUGUAUUUAGCAGCUUUACCAACGCCUGGUGGUAUUCAGAUUGCUGGGAAGACUCCUAAUGAUGGCUCGUACGAGCAGCAUAUAUCUCAUAUGCAGAAGAAGAUAAAUGACACGAUUGCUAAGAAUAAAGAAUUAUAUGAAAUCAAUCCUCCGGAGAUAUCUGAAGAGAUUAUAGGAUCACCCAUUCCAGAACCUAGACAACGCUCAAGACUUUUGAGAUCUCAAUCAGAAAGCUCUGAUGAAGUUACAGAAUUGGACCUUUCACAUGGGAAAAAAGAUGCAUUUGUUUUGGAGAUCGAUGACACAGAUGCUAUGGAAGACGUACAUUCUCUACUCACUGAUGUUCCGCCUCCUUCAGGCUUUUAUAGUUGUAAUACAGAAAUUAUGCCUGGUAUAAAUAAUUGGACAUCUGAAAUACAGAUGUUCACAUCAGUAAGAGUAAUCCGAUUAAGCAGCCUUAAUCUAACUAAUCAAGCCCUCAAUAAGAAUUUUAAUGAUCUCUGUGAAAACUUGCUCAAGAGCCUGUAUUUUAAACUACGGUCUAUGAUCCCCUGCUGCCUUUGCCAUGUAAAUUUUACAGUAUCUCUCCCUGAAGAUGAAUUAAUUCAGGUUACAGUCACAGCAGUUGCAAUAACUUUUGACAAAAAUCAGGCUUUACAGACCACAAAAACACAUGCUGAGAAGUCAUUGCAAAGAGCCUCUACAGAUAAUGAAGAACUUCUGCAGUUUCCCCUCGAACUCUGUUCAGAUGCACUUCCUUCUCAUCCUUUUCCACCGGCUAAAGAACACCUGGAGAGUGCAAGUUCUAACUCAGGUAUACCAGCUGCACAGAGAGCAACGUCAGUUGAUUACAGUUCCUUUGCAGACAGAUGCAGCAGCUGGAUAGAGCUCAUUAAACUGAAAGCUCAGACCAUAAGGCGUGGAUCAAUUAAGACAACUGUGACAGUCGAAAAAGCAAGUCCAGUGGGUGAAGGAAAUUUCCGGAAUCGCUCUUCUCCACCUUGUGCAAAUUCUACAGUUGGGGUGGUUAAGAUGACACCUCUUUCCUUCAUUCCUGGAGCAAAAAUAACGAAAUAUCUUGGGAUAAUUAACAUGUUUUUUAUUCGGGAAACCACUUCUCUUCGUGAGGAAGGAGGUGUCAGUGGUUUUCUCCAUGCUUUUAUUGCUGAAGUGUUUGCGAUGGUGAGAGCUCACGUGGCUGCACUGGGAGGGAAUGCUGUUGUCUCCUACAUAAUGAAGCAGUGUGUCUUCAUGGAGAAUCCAAAUAAGAACCAGGCACAGUGUCUUAUAAACGUAAGUGGUGAUGCAGUGGUUUUUGUUCGUGAAUCUGAAUUAGAAGUGGUGUCAACUCAGCAACCUGCUGCCAACUGCCAGCCCUCAUGUACUGGAGGAGAAGUUACAACCUGAAGUCAGUUAGAAAGAAUGAGCUCCACUAAAUGACAUUCAUGGGUCUCCUUUGUUUUGUCAUUCAUUUAUCUUACUAGACAUAAAAAAUGAACUUGAGAGAAUUGAGGAACAAUUGAUACAUUCUGAGUAUAUUUGAUUCAUCUGGGAUCACUUGGAGGCCUGAGAAUUUUCAAAUCUUGACAUUUUAUUUCGGCCAGCCUAGACAGACAGGCCCCGUGGAGCUUUGACCCCACCUCCCCACCCAGGAAGUUCAGAUAAAUUUCUCUGAGAACUGUAAUAAAGAUGGAAGCUAUGUAUAAUUUAUGUUGAUUUUAAUAAAAUCAUAAUUUAGAAAAUGAAAUGGAAGAUUAUCAGGAAAUUAGGAUAGCUAUCCUAGUGUAAUUUAGAAAAACUAAGCAAGAAAUGAACAAAUUGUUAAUGAGUAAGUAAUCUGAUUCGAGGAAUGUAUGGGGUAAAUGGAGAAAAGUUUUCAGAAAGCUAUUCGGGUUUCUGAAUAUGUUAUUUUGAUGAGGAAUUUGGUAACAACUGAAAGGGAAAAUUGCUUCAGCCGUCUUUGAAAAAGAAGUUAAAAUUCUGCAACUUGUAUCCAUAAUAUGUCCUAACUACUGGAAAAGAAAAGUAAUUUAUCAGAGCCAGUGUCCUUCCAUUGGAAGUUUAAAUAAGGAAGGAGGAAAAAAACUACUAUAUAACUUCGUUUCUAGCCAAGUUUCAAUUUGUGUUUAAUUUGUCUGGAAGAGGCUUGGCUUCAGCUGGGAAGAAAAGGCCAGUGAAUUUUGUUGAAGUAGUUAAAAUAUAAUUGAUCUAGAAGGAACAUAAAAUUAUUUUCUAAUAAAGUCAUACUGUACUCCCACCAAAUAACCAGAAUUUUAGUAAUAUCUUAGGGAUUUUUGAUGGUGAGUUAGACUGUAUUUGGCAUAGAGUUUGGAAAUGCAACUUGAAUGUAAAUAUGCUGCAGAAUGUUGAAUAUAUAGAUAGAAAUACUUUUUUGUCAAUGCCAAAUACCUAUUACAAAUGAACCUUUAAAAGUACAUUCCUCCUUUGCACAACAAAAUUUCUUUAUAAAACUCAUGAUUUUGCUCUUCCAGGAUAACAACUGCCCUAAAGAUUAGGAGUCAUUUCCUUGUUAUCACAGGUGUCAAUAUUUUUCUGUACUUUGUUUAUAAUUUUAUUUUUUAAAUAA